AUGAGUGUUUUUCAUUUAUUUCGUGGCUUCUUCGGGGUUCCCGGUGGCCGAAGGGACCCUUUCUUCGAGGCCAUGACCCGUGAUGAUGAAGACGAUGAAGAUGACAGCUUCUACGAUGACAGCUUCCGGGGGGACGGACAGGACCCCUUCGACAGUGCUUGGAAGUUUGGUUUUAGCUUCAGUCCCGAUGGGAUGAGAAUCCAAGAACCUCCUUUGUUUGGGCACGUUCUCAGGGAGAUGGAGGAGAUUUUUUCCCAUCUGGGUCACUGGGAUUCGCAAUCCGGUGUUCCCAGCAUUGCACCACCGCCACGUCAGGACGGAAAACGUGGUUCUAGCGGGAACCCCCUCAGAGACUUCAUGCUGAAAUAUCCCGAUAGUGAUAUACGAGGGAGAAAGGAGUCGCCACAAUUACCAAACUCUACUCCGUUUUCAAAAUUCAGUGAUGUCUGGAUGGAUAAGCUACCAAAAACACCAAAAGAUGAGUGCAAAAAAGAUCAAGAUCUUGAUUCUGCCGUGUCCGUUGGCGGUCUGGAUCAAGUUCUGACACCACCCGCCGACCUCGUGCCAAGUCAGCAGCCUCGGAGCAGGUCCUUCUUUCAGUCGGUCACAGUCACCAAAGUGCUGAAACCUGACGGGACUAUGGAAGAGCGGCGCACGGUUCGAGAUGGCCGAGGCAACGAGGAGACCACCGUUACCCACUCGAGAGGUCAUGGUGGUCAGGAGGGACCAGAUCAUCAAAUUGGUUACUGUGCUAAUUCAAUGCCUGCUCUCCUUUCAGGCACUCGCUUCUCAGACAUGUGGGGAGAUGAUACAGACUCCUUCACAAAGCUUUUCGGAGGCUUUAAAUGA